GUCACCGCUAUAUAAUUAUAAACCCUAUCACCCAAAAAAAAAAUCACAAAACCAAAAACCUUUCUCUUCUAACUCUCAGAUUCUCCGGCCAAAAUGUCUCCGUUACCGGCACCACCAACAACCACCAUGACCGACGCCGGUAACAACGAAGACAUGCAACAAAUCGCAUUCUCCAAAAACUCCCGCAUCUGUUCCUGUAUGAUGAUUCCAUGUUGUUUCUCAUCCGAAACUUCACCGUCAUGGUGGGAACACAUGAAACUUCAGUCACCGGAGAAGAAUAGAGAGCAGCGAUGGUGGUACCGUGGAUGGAUGAAGGUUCGUGAAUGGUCAGAGAUCGUUGCUGGACCGAAAUGGAAAACGUUUAUUCGAAGAUUCAAUAAUAAUAACAAGAAUCGUAACGGUUAUGUUAAACAAGGUCCGUUGAACUAUGAUCCGUUAAGUUAUGCUCUUAAUUUUGAUGACGGAAAUGACGGUGGUGACGGUGAUGGUUACGGUGUUUUUACUUCUCGAUUUGCUUCUGUUCCGGCGUCGGCGAAAUCGUCGAUGGAUCUCGGAAAAGACGCGUCAGUGAUCACGUGAGUGUCACGUGCCUACGGUGAGUUUUGUGUUGAGUCGGUUACUGAGUUUUGUUUGAGAUCGGUUUUGCGCUGUUUGGACUAACGUGCGCGGGAUCGAGUUUGUUGAAGGCGGUGUUUGGGAAUUGUGAAUGAAAUUAAGUGAUUUUUGUGCGUUGGAAAAUGAAUUUUCGUUUCAAUUUUCAGUGCAUUCACUUUUUGUGUAAUUUUUUCUUGUAAUUUGAUGUACAUUAUUUAAGAAAAUCAUAAUAAUAGUUAUUAUCGGAAAAAG